GCGCCUGCCAUCAAGCGACCUCAGGCUAUCGCUACUAGCUCGUCCAUGUCCAUCGCUCCAUCUACAUCAAUCUCAUCUGUACCAUAGCGGCGCGAGCCAUCAUGCCUGAUGAUUUUCCCAACGCCAUGACCUUUACGUCCGGCGGCGUCGUGCGUCUGCCGCUCGUCCUCGCCGCCAAUGACACCGGCACAAAUGUCACAAACGGCACCGAGCAGUCGUUUAUGCAGACGUACGACACUGGUACCUUCCUCGCGUCUAUGUGGACCAACAUGGGCCUUGUGCUCCUCUGGUUCGUCCUGUGGAUCGGCCUCCGCCGCGUCGUCCGUGCUGUAUACGAGCCGCGCACAUAUAUUCCGCCACGGGAUCAGCAGGCGCCGCCGCUCGGCACGCACUGGAUCAAGCCGAUCUGGAAGAUCUUGAUGGCCGACCCCAAGGAAAUAUUGGAGAAGAACGGUGUCGAUCCAUACGUGUUUGUCCGCUUCCUCCGGCUACUCAUGAAGGCAAUUGUCCCCAUCUGGCUCAUCAGCUGGGUGGUGCUGCUGCCCGUCAACUCAGUUGGCGGCUCGUCCAGAUCCGGCCUGGACAUGUUCGCCAUGUCCAACACGAAUGGGAGACCCAAGCGGUACUGGGCCCAUCUGUGCCUUGCUUACUUGUUUAAUGGCUGGAUCAUGACGCUUCUCUGGCUCGAGAUGAAGGAGUGGCUCAAGACGCGUCAGGAGUGGCUCGUGUCGCCUAAACACUCGCGCACUGCUCAGGCCAGUACGGUCCUAAUUACCGGCAUCCCCGAGGAAUUGAUGGACGAGGAGGCGCUCGCGCGGCUGUACUCGUACCUCCCUGGUGGUGUCUACCGUGUGUGGCUGCAACGCGACCUCAAGGACAUGCCGAAACUUUGGCAGCGACGAAUCAAGGCGUGCCAGGGCCUGGAGAAGGCCCAAGUCGCUCUCAUCCGCACCGCCCAUAAGAUCGAGGACAAAGUCCAGAAACUCGAGGCGCAGAACAAGCCCGUCCCUGAGUCACUGCGCGCAACAGCAAACGGGGAUCCGGGCAAGUCGAGGACGAGCCAAAUCGUCCCCGACGCCCAGCGGCCCAAGAUCAGACUCAAGCCGUCAUGGGCGCCAUUUUCCCUCGGCUGGCUCGGCAUAGGCGAGAAGGUCGACGCUGUCAAGUACUACCGCAACGAGAUCAAGGAGUGCACUGAGCAGCUCACCGUCAGCCGGCGGCAGCUGGAGCGUGACGUUCUGAGCCCUGGCAUCGCCGACGACCACUUCAAGCCCCUGUCGUCGGCGUUCAUCUGCUUCAACCAGCAAAUCGCCGCGCACAUGGCCAAGGUAUUCCUCCCCUUCGGCGAGCCGUAUCGCAUGGCACACCGCUACAUCGAGCUGUCGCCUGACAACGUCCUGUGGGGCAACAUGGGCAUCAAGUCGGACUACGAGCUGAAUCUGCGCACCACUCUAUCGUUCCUCGUUACUGCCGGGCUCGUUGUCGCCUUCAUCUUCCCCGUAGUCCUUUCGACCUUCGUGCUCCCGCGAGCUGCUAACUCGUCCAUCAUCGGCAACGUCUGGGGUGUCGGCAGCAUCACUGUCAAGGGUGACGGGUUUGGGCCCAAGCUCCUCCUCGGCCUCCUCACCGGUCUUGUCCCCCCCAUCCUCCUCAUGCUCAUCCUCAUGAUCGCGCCCACGCUGCUGCGGCAGCUGGCGAAGCUGCACAACUUCACGAAGACCGAAGUCGAACUCGACGUCAUGGACCGCUACUUCGCGUUCCUGCUCAUUGAGCGAUUCCUCAUCCCCACCAUCGCGACGCUCCUCCCUGAAGGUGACAAGACCCAGGUGCAGUGGUGGCCUGACUUUAGCCAGGGCGCCUCCAAGGCUCUGCAGAAGGCCUUCGAGAUCCAGCUGCCCCAGGCAUCGACGUUCUACAUCACCCUGCUGUUGCUGCAGGUGACCGGUCAAUUCGUCCAGCUCUUCUCCCCCAUCACCCUCAUCAUCUACUAUUCCAAGGUCAUCCUCGGAAGUGGCACCCCACGGUCCUUCUACAACGCGCGCUACAAAAUGAACAGUCCCGAAUGGGGCUCGGACUGGCCCAACAUGACAGUGUAUUUCGUCAUCCUCAUCGUGUACAUGGUCAUCGCGCCCGUGAUCAACGGCUUCGGCGCCAUCCUCGCCGUCGUCGCCUACCACGUCUACAAGUAUCUGUAUUUGUGGGUGUUGGACCAGAAGUCCACGCUGGACACGGGCGGCGAGUUCUUCCCGCGUGCUGUGACGCACGUUUUCGUCGGCAUCUACAUCGGCGAGGUCGCGCUCACUAUCAUUUUCUUCGGCAAGGGGCGAGACACGCUGCCCCUCGCCAUUCUCAUGGUCAUUCUGAUUGUUGCAAGCGUCGCUGUACAAUAUAUGCUUGUGACGAGCUACCGACCGCUGCUGCACCCACUGCCGCUCUCGCUUGCGCACCUCACGCACGGCCAGCCGUCGGCCGAUGCCAAGGCGGGCAAGGAUGUCGGCGACGGGGGCUUCGAGGGAGCGGAAAUGACGCCGCCCUUCGGCGACGAAGACGCCAUGUGGGCGAACACUAUCAGCAAGGAACGCCCGGGGCUCACGCACCGCAAGAGCGCCGCGAGCAUGAGAAGCUGGCGGAUGAGCAACACGAACACACCGCGCCUCGGCGCUGUGAACUCCCCACGUGUUGCCGCCGCGAAUUCUCCGCGGAUCGGUGCGACCUCGCCUAGCACCGAGAAGCCGCCCAACGCGAACCCUGCCCCGCCCACCCUCGCGCUGCCUUCGCUCGCGCUCCCGCCACCCGUGUCAGCGCCCACCGACGACGUAGAAAUGUGCGACUUGGGGCUACAAAACACAUCCUCCCCCUCGGACGCGACGGACUGCACGGAAGCGUCGCGGGCGCCCGUGCUCCGCACACGCCGGCGGAGCUCGAGCGGCCGCCGCUCCAUGGCUGGGCUAUGGGAGGACCAGCGGCACGCGCGCGACGCACACGACUCACGCGCACACUGGGAGCUGCGGCGCACAUCGACCGCGCAGUCGGUGGAGGCGCAAGAUGCGGCGCAGUACUUUGCGCGCCCGGGCGGCCCGGGCGUCAUCCGCCCACCGGACGACAGCGCCGCGCCCGCGGCGUUCUUUCACCCGGCCACGCACCAGCCGCAGCCGAUCGUGUGGCUGCCCCGCGACGGACUGGGUAUCGCCGACGAGCAGGUGCGCCAGAACCGGCGCGAGGACGUCAAGAGCACUACGCGGAAUGCGGUGUUCGACGCCGAGAACCGCGUGCUGGUUGUCGGACCUGCGCCAGAUGAUAAGUGAUCUGUAGAAAUAGAGUUGUACGCGUGGUUAGUGCCAUGUGAUCAGGAUCUGAGCUUAGA